UAACAACAAUAAUAACAAUUAUAGAAAAAGAGAAAAAAUAUAAUGAUAUUCGGGCGAAUAACGAUGAUAGAAAAUAAUAAAUAAACAAAUAUCAGAAAUAUUAAUCGUUUCGUCGAGUGUUGGAAGCAAUUUGUUUUUAUUCGUGUUGAAUAACGAAUACUAAAAAUUCCAUUUUAAUCGUGAAUUGUCCUGGCUAUGCAAAAAAAAAUCGAGAGCGAUACAGCCCAAUACACAUGAUAUAUUUAUAAUAUACUGGAACAAAGCAUCCAACAAGUGUAGAUCUAGAUUGGUAGUUUUGAAAAAAAAAGAGUAUUAGCUGAGGAACAAGAAAAUAUAAAAGACUAUCGUAGAGCAGUUCUGGUAGAGAACCAAAAAAUCGACUUUGCAGACGUGUAUAAGCUUUUCUGUUUUUGUACCAAAUCAUUUCUGUGGAACAACAAAUUGCAUAUCUCAAAAACGAAUACAACACGAAACAAGCAUUUAAAAAUUGCUUUCACUGCUGAUAUUUUCAUAAUUUUUGCUCACGCUCUUCGAUAUAUUACACCAAUGAAAAGUCAGACGAGACAAGAGUAAAAGGUUGUCAAGAAAAUAGUACACGAUAGACUUAGAUUCGAUACAAGCACGAGGAACUUAAGUAUAUCGAAUCAUCGCCGGACUCAACCAUAUUAAUAGACAAAAUAUAUAUAUAGAAAAAAAAUACACAAGAAAAUUGAUGGUGCGAUGAAAUUGGAAAAUUCAUAAGUGCGCUUAGACUAUCACAAUAAUGAAAGAAGCUCAAGUCAAGAAGGAAGAGUGAGAAAAAGCAUUGUUGAUUCAUCAUACAAAGGAAUAACGAAACGCAAUUAACUAUAAAAGGAAGCAUUGAAAAUGGAUUCUCGCAAGAAAGUCCUCAUCGGUUGUACCGGAAGCGUAGCAACGAUUAAAUUGCCAUUACUGUGCGAAAAAUUAUGGCGACAGAAUCUGGAUAUCCGUGUUGUUGUUACCGAGCACGCCAAGCAUUUCCUGAAGGAUGCAGAAUUGCCACCAGGUACUCAAAUUCUUUCCGACACGGUCGAAUGGGCAGCUUGGCAGGGUCGCGGCGAUCCUGUCCUCCAUGUUGAUCUUGCCAAAUGGGCUGAUCUUUUCCUGAUUGCUCCACUGGACGCCAAUACUCUGGGGAAAUUGGCUAAUGGUAUUUGUGACAAUAUAUUGACCUGCGUUGCACGAGCAUGGGACAUCAACAAACCGUUGCUCUUUUGCCCAGCAAUGAAUACAAUGAUGUGGGAGCACCCGGUUACCGCCCCCCAGGUGGACAGGCUCAAGUCCUGGGGCUACAAGGAAAUCGGCUGUAUAACAAAAACUCUGAUGUGCGGUGACACCGGAAUCGGUGCAAUGGCAGAGGUCGACACGAUCGUCCAGGCAACGCUGAGAUGCCUCGUCCCGUGGGGUCCAUAUCCAUCAACCGAUUUGCGUUACAUUAGAUCAGAAUAAUUGCGACGAGAUAUAUUGUUACGAAAUAAACCAAAAAACGAAUAUUAUUGCACGCAUCGAUGCAGGCACGGAAGUCUUAAAAAACAAACGUACGAUAUAUUGUUGAAGCCGUUGUAGAAAAUGGAUAAAUAAAUUUUCCGCGUGUUUGUA